ACCAAGACACAGCCAACGGAACAUCAAGACACAGCCAACGGAACAUCAAGACAGCCAAAGGAACAUCAAGACACAGCCAACGGCCAACUGCUGCCAUCGCUUCACAUUUCCUGCACAGUGAGAGACAAUCAGCGGACUACCAACAGCCUAACCCUAACUACCAACAGCCUAUCGGCUCUCCACCUGCUGGGGCUCCACACAGCAUAUAGCACAAGGAGAAGAGAUCAGCAGAGAUGCGUGCUGCCGCCAUGACUCUGACCAUGAUGCUGCCACUGCUGAUGGUCCUCAACACACACUCUGAACCGUCUGGGGAGCGCAGAUGGCCCUGGGAAACACGCUCCCACAACCAUGAGUGUGUGAGGGGUAAAGGACAACAAUAUCGGGGUACGGUAUCCAUGACGGUGUACGGCAGUAGGUGUAUAAACUGGAACCGUGUGGUAGACGUGUAUUCUACGCGAUACUACGGGAAAGGCCUGGGCCAUCAUAACUACUGCAGGAACCCUGACAACAGAAGGGCUCCGUAUUGCUGGGUAAAGAAGCAAGGCUUCCCGGUACGAGAGUUCUGUAACCUCCCGCGCUGCUACACCCCUAAGCCCACAACACCUACGACUACAGUGACGACUACAACUACAACUACAACUAGAGUGACGACUACAACUCCCGUCCUGACCACACCUGCCACAGGUGAACGAGACACAGAGUUCACUUGUGGAGAGAGAGAGAAGGCGGGCCAGCACUUCAAGAUUGUGGGCGGUUCCUACACCACAGUCUCCUCCCACCCCUGGAUGGCGUCCAUCUUCCACAAGCGCACAGGGUUCCGCUGUGGCGGGAGUCUCAUCGCCCCCUGCUGGGUGCUAUCUGCGGCACACUGCUUCGGUGAUGUACCUGACUCUAAGGUGCGGCAUCUCAGUGUCUAUCUUGGGAAGAACGCCAUCAAUGAAACUGAUGCGGCCAAAGAGCAGUACUUCAGCGUCCAGCAGCUCAUCCGCCACAAGGACUACACACACACUGGGCGGGACUUCAACAACGACAUAGCGCUGCUCAGGAUUGAGAGGCCAGACGGUCAGUGUGCCAUACGGACGGACACGGCCAGAACGGUGUGUUUGCCGCCCGCACACACCAGGCUACCGCCAGGAUCCUUCUGCACCGUCGCUGGCUACGGGAGAGACAGCACCAAGGUCUUCACCAAGUACCUGAAGGAAGGCCAGGUGCAGCUGCGGCCGCAGGACAAGUGUCUGCUGGAGGCCCCAGAGCCGGACAAGGUGACCGACAACAUGUUCUGCGCCGCCAGCCCGGGAUGGAAGACUGACGCCUGUCAGGGUGACUCUGGUGGUCCGCUAGUGUGUGAGGUGGGGGGCCGGAUGUUCCUGUUUGGGAUCGUCAGCUUUGGGAGAGACUGCGGCAAGAGAGGCGAGCCCGGCUUCUACACGCAGGUCACCAACUACAACAAGUGGAUCGGCAGGCAGGCGGACCUCAGGUCCUACACUCAGGGGGCCAUGUACCCACAGAAGUAGAGAAGCUCUGAGCUGGAUCGGCAGGCAAGCGGACCUCAGGUCCUACACUCAGGGGGCCAUGUACCCACAGAAGUAGAGAAGCUCUGAGCUCGAGGUCCUUUUCCCCUCUUCCUCAGCGGGCUUUGCUCUGGGCAUCCAUGUAGCUCGAGGUCCCCUUCCCCUCUUUCUCAGCGGGCUUUGCUCUGGGCAUCCAUGUAGCUUGAAGUCCCCUUCCCCUCUUUCUCAGCGGGCUUUGCUCUGGGCAUCCAUGUAGCUCGAGGUCCCCUUCCCCUCUUUCUCAGCGGGCUUUGCUCUGGGCAUCCAUGUAGCUUGAAGUCCCCUUCCCCUCUUUCUCAGCAGGCAUUGCUUCGGGCAGCCAUGUUUUUGGGGUCCCCUGGUCCCAUAGCGCCACCGUUGGACUGUAGCAGUAGCAGCAGCUGAGCUGGUAUAGCUUUGCAUUUUUUUUCUUUUUUUAAGUUUAUAUUUUUGGCCUUUUUGCCUUUAUUUGGACAGUGAAGUUUUGACAGGAAGGAAGUGGGAGGAAAUGACCACAGGUCGGACACUAGGACCUGGGUCCCCGUGAGCCCUUGGACCCGACCAUCGUAUGGACAUCAGCGCAGCGCCCCCUGUCUGUGCACUUGGGACCCCAGGGCAGCGGUGCAUAGAGGACUGACGUGUGCUGCAGCAGCUCUGUCCAUAGCUAGCUAGCUCUACUGCUUCACUGUAGUCUGUAGCUAGCUAGUGCUUCUCCUUCACUGUAGUCUGUAGCUAGCUAGUGCUUCUCCUUCACUGUAGUCUGUAGCUAGCUAGCUCGUCUGUAGCUAGCUAGCGCUACUGCCUCACUGUAGUCUGUAGCUAGCUAGCGCUUCUCCUUCACUGUAGUCUGUAGAUAGCUAGCUCUACUGCUUCACUGUAGUCUGUAGAUAGUUAGCUCGUCUGUAGCUAGCUAGCUCUACUGCCUCACUGUAGUCUGUAGCUAGCUAGCGCUACUGCUUCACUGUGGUCUGUAGCUAGCUAGCUAACUCUACUGCUUCACUGUAGUCUGUAGCUAGCUAGCGCUUCUCCUUCACUGUAGUCUGUAGAUAGCUAGCUCUACUGCUUCACUGUAGUCUGUAGCUAGCUAGCUCGUCUGUAGCUAGCUAGCGCUACUGCCUCACUGUAGUCUGUAGCUAGCUAGCGCUUCUCCUUCACUGUAGUCUGUAGAUAGCUAGCUCUACUGCUUCACUGUAGUCUGUAGCUAGCUAGCUCAUCUGUAGCUAGCUAGCUCUACUGCCUCACUGUAGUCUGUAGCUAGCUAGCGCUACUGCCUCAGUGUAGUCUGUAGAUAGCUAGCUCUACUGCCUCACUGUAGUCUGUAGCUAGCUAGCUCUACUGCCUCAGUGUAGUCUGUAGCUAG